AUUACACAAUAUGCUGAACGGAUACAACUUCCGGGACAAUCUUCGCGACAAGGACCUUAGAAGGAUACCACCAAUAUCUCGAUCUCAGCAUCUCCCUCUUCCCGCUGUUCCUCGUCCGCAUCGAGGACGUCUUCUACGUCCAAGUCUCCCGGCGCCGGGAUCCUCUGAUCGUCAUAUACGGAGGUGUGCGCAAGUGUACCUACAACACGCGCAAAGCGGAGACUAGACUGCUCUGAUACGCCGGAGAGCGCCGUGUCGCCCCGGAUAGCGCUUGCUUCGCGUAAGUUGAGGUAGAAGUGCGAGAGCAGUAUUGUCUGCAGU